AUGCGCCUGUCUGUCUACCACACUCUCCGCCAUGCCUUCCACAGCAGCGCACUCCUCCUCUCCAAACAGCUUCCUCCGCGGCGCGUAAUCCCCGAAUCUGAGAUCAUAGAGAACUUCCUCAAGGGCUCUGGUCCAGGCGGACAGAAGAUCAACAAGACGUCAUCGGCCGUGCAACUCAAGCACAUUCCAACGGGCAUUGUUGUCAAGUACCAAGACACACGAAGCCGAGCGCUGAAUCGCAAGGUCGCAAGAAAGCUGUUGCAGGAUAGAAUAGAGGAGCUUGAGCUCGGCGACGAGGCUAGAACAAAGGUCAAAGGGAGAGAGAUCAGCAAGAAGAAGGCCAGCAGCGACAAGAAGAAACGGAGGAAGUAUCGCGCACUGGAAGAGGCAAAAGCGGGUGGAGAAGGUGCAGGAGAGCUCGUGGAGCUUGAGAGCGAUGCUGGAGUCGAGCUUGAGGAUACCGGCAGGGUCUCAGACACACAGGGCGGGCGCGAGGGUACAGACAAGGCAGGUUGA